AUGCUGAAACGGCAACUUGCGCAAGGCAAAAAUGGCGGAGCCUUGGACCAAAACCCUACCACUUCCUAUGAUUGGAUUGGAGACCACAGUACCGACCUAAUUGCAAAGACUGUGGAGGACUUCCGGAGGCAACGGCCGAGCAUGGUGCAGAACUUGAGUCAAUAUGCGCUCUGCUACGAGAGUGUGCUCGAAUGGCUCGUUACGCAGAUGGACCAUAGCAAGCCAUAG